AUGAAGUUCGCAAAAGAACUUGAGCAGAGUCUUGUGCCAGAAUGGCGCGCAAAAUAUCUCGAUUACAAACAAGGCAAGAAAAAGGUGAAGGCAGUUGCUCGUGCUGCCCAUCGUGUCAAUUCAACCCCUCGAACAGAUGCAAGAUCGAACCUGAAUCCUCAAAAUGGUAGCUUAUACGGCGCUACAUCUCCUGUCGUCCCGAGAAAUCCUCAAUCGUCUCGAACAUUCAAUGAGUCAACCAACCUUCGGGAAUCGUCUCCAGCAUGGCAGAAUGGCGCGCCACGGGAAACUGCGGAGAAUGCGCCGCCACCAAAUCUUACUUCGUCAAUACCUAUCGCAAAAAAGCUUGUAUCGACAGAUCAUGCAAAUAAUGGGACAUACGGUAGCUUUGUGCCAACCCCUCCUACAAUAGACAUGCACGUGGACAUGGUUGCAUUUGAUCAUAUACGAAUACGUCAGCAAGAAUUCUUUUCAUGGAUGGAGAAAGAGCUCGAAAAGGUUGAACUAUUUUAUAGAUCCAAGGAGGAUGAGGCAGGAGUUCGAUUACAGGCUUUAAGGGAGCAACUGCAUGAAAUGCGUAAUCGCAGAAUACAGGAAGUGGCGGACGCGGAACAGGCAAGAGCAAUACGCAAGGAUGAUGAACGUUCGAUAAGCCGGAGGAUAUCUCGUGUGCAUCCUAGAGAUGAAGAUUCAAACGAACAUUCCUCUAAAGACCAUCGAAAUGCUUGGUUAGUGCCGCUUGGUAGAUUGGUAGACAACGCAAAGGCGACAGCUCUGGGGCCACAUCCAGGAUCCAACUCGAGGGCUUUAGCAAGCAUGAAAAACUCACCUGAGUUGCGAUUUAAGUCUCACCCGGAUGACUUAAUUAACACGAACGGUAACCGUGACUAUGUAAGACGGCCUCAUGAGAACGAUGUUUCCUAUCGAACUGCAAAAAGGAAAUUGAAGCUAGCGCUCCAAGAAUAUUAUCGAGGUAUGGAACUGCUCAAGUCCUACGCGCUUUUGAAUCGCACAGCAUUCCGCAAGAUCAACAAAAAGUAUGACAAGGCUGUCAAUGCGCAUCCACCACUUCGAUUCAUGACGGAAAAUGUUAACAAGGCAUGGUUCGUCAAUAGUGACGUACUUGACGGACACAUACAUGCCAUUGAAGAUCUCUAUGCAAGAUAUUUUGAAAAGGGCAAUCACAAGAUCGCUGUUGGGAAACUGCGGAAAACUGCUGGAAAGACAACGGAUCAAUCUGGCAGUGCAUUCAGGAACGGAGUUUUUAUUGGAAUCGGUGCUGUCUUUUCAAUUCAGGGAAUCAUCUCCGGCACUGAAUAUCUUAAUCAUCCUGAUCCUAUGAUCAGAUUUCAAACCGGCUAUCUGCUGCAAAUAUACGGUGGUUACUUUCUUGCUUUGUAUUUAUUUUCUUUGUUUUGUUUCGAUUGCAGUGUUUGGACUCGAAACAAAAUCAACUACAAAUUCGUCUUCGAAUUGGAUCCCCGGCACGAUUUGGAUUGGCGCCAACUCAGCGAAUUCCCAGCAUUUUUCAUUCUUCUACUUGGAUUGUUUUUAUGGGUCAACUUCUCGGGAUAUGGGACACUAGAAAUGUUCAUAUACUACCCUGUCGUUUUGAUCUUCGUUACAGUCCUUAUAAUAUUUAUGCCCGCUCCUGUGCUUUUUUAUAAAAGUCGGAAAUGGUUUGUAUAUUCUCAUUGGCGUUUACUUCUGGCUGGAUUAUACCCCGUGGAGUUUCUUAAUGGUGGUAAAUACGCUAUGACUAUCGUCUACUACGUCACGUUGAGCAUCUACAGAAUAGAGAGAAAUAGAACCAAUUUAAUUGUAUUCAGCUUCUUUGCUGCACUGAAUGCAGUAUACGUCAGCAUAUGGGAUCUCUUAAUGGAUUGGUCUCUACUUCAACCUGGAGCGAACAAACCAUUCCUUCGCGAUGUUAGAGGCUUCAAAUCCACUUGGUGGUAUUAUGCAGCUAUGAUCAUUGAUCCUAUCCUCCGUUUUAAUUGGAUAUUUUAUUCAAUAUAUACGCACGACCUUCAGCACAGCAGUUCUGUAUCCUUUUUUGUCGGGUUGUCUGAAGUCAGUCGUAGAGGCAUGUGGACAUUGUUCCGUGUAGAAAACGAACAUUGCUCCAAUGUCGUUCGCUUCAAGGCAUUCCGCGAUGUAGCAUUGCCAUAUGAUUUGGAAUCCGGAGAAUCCGAAGAAUCCGAAACCACCACUCCUGCCGAGCCGAACGAAAGAUCUUCGGUACUCGAAAGAGAACGCACCCAUACCAGCGGUCUUUCACAACAGCAGACCAAUACCGGAUCCGUGCGCCGUCGUCCUCAAAGAACUUUUACGAAAGUCCUGGCGGAUGCUCAUACUCAAGAUUUUCAAAAGAAGAGGAGGCCUUCCACAAAUACAGGGAAGGAUUUAAACGCAGGUGGUGAGGCAGAUGCUGAUCUCGGUCAAGUCACGAGUAGUGAGGAUGAUGACGACGACGAUGAUGAUGAGCAAGAUGCACAAGAUCGUUUGGCUGUAGAUCAGUUGGUUAGAACAGGGCAAGCCAAGGGCGAAAGGAAGAAGACUAGAGGUGGCGUUUGA